AUGUUAUAAUAAUCAGAUAAGGACUUCACUCUUGAAUAGGUGGUGGGUACAGGAACCUUUGGAAUGGUGUACUUGGCUACUGAUAACAGGACCAAGGAGAAGGUAGCAAUAAAGAAGGUGUACCAAGAUCCACCUUAUCAUUCAAGAAUUGAAUCAUCCUUGUGUAGUAAUGUUGAGACACUCCUUCUUCACGCCAGGGGAAAAUCCAUAAGAUGUGUACCUAAAUCUAGUUAUGGAAUAUGUACCAGAGACACUUUCAAAAAUGAUUAGACAAAUGCGUAAGUAGAAGCAAUGCAUUCCUGCCCCCUUGAUAAAGCUCUACAGUUAUUAGAUGAUACGAGGCUCUAUUGUAUUCUGUAGGCGAUUGGAAUUUGCCACAGAGAUAUUAAACCUCAAAAUAUCUUGGUUAAUUUGGAGACCAAUGUUUUGAAAAUCUGCGAUUUCGGCUCAGCUAAACGACUUGUUGUCGGCGAACCCAAUAUUGCAUACAUAUGUUCACGUUAUUAUCGAGCUCCUGAAUUGAUUUUCGGAGCCACAGAUUACAAUACCUAAAUCGAUAUGUGGUCUAUUGGUUGUGUGAUUGCUGAAAUGGUCAUCCUUGAACCGAUAUUUCCCUGGAGAGAGUGCUUAAGAUUAAUUGCUUUAAAUUAUCAAGAUACUUGGCACUCCAACUCCAGAUGA